UAGAAACUUGACUUCUUGUGAAAAUAAUAAAUUAAAGUAUCUUUAAUAUACCUCUAAUAUUCGUGCUACAAUAUUAUUAAUACCUAAAAAAUAAAAUGGAUUUAAACAGAAUGAGCAAUACUAAAAAGCUUCAACUGUGUAGAUGGUACUUUAAAGUUGGAUUUGUGCUGCUGCCGUUUGUGUGGGCGGUGAACUCAAUCUGGUUUUUCAGAGAAGCAUUCAUUAAACCACCAUUCGAUGAACAGAAACAGAUAAAAAAAUAUGUGAUAAUGAGUGGUGCAGGUGCAUUGACUUGGGCGAUAGUGUUAAUUUCAUGGGCAGUAGCGUUCCAGCUGCAGCGAGUAUCCUGGGGUGCUACGGGUGAUGCUCUAUCAUUUAUAGUGCCUCUGGGACGUGCUUAAUGGACAUUAAAAUGUUGGGUAAUCUAUUAAAUUUAAUUAGUGUAUGUUUGUUAAUCAAUAUUUAGUGAUUAAUCAACAUAUAUGUAUAUGUUUUAAAUGGCUUUACAUAAAUUAUUCAGUUAGGGGGGGGGCAAAUCAUAGUUAAUUGCAAUAUUUAAAGUCAGUUGUGACGAGUAGGCUUCCAAGAAAUAUUAUAUUGUUUAAAUUUUUAUAAUUUAGAGCUAAAAUGUAACCACCAUACCAUGUAAUCUUUUAAAAUUUUUAAUUGUAAGUUAAUGAGCUAAGACGUUCCAGUUUCAUGUGGAAAUUACCCUAAGAUUACCUUAAUGUCAUAAACAUAUAUUAUUUUAUGUUAUAUGUAUGUUCUCAUCAUCAACUACAUUCCACACCAAGAGUGACGCCAUUGAGAUUGAGCUCCAAAACUGCGGUUGGUGACAGAGCCAGCUAAAAUAUGUCGGUACUUUAAAUACAAUAUGGUUUGUAAUUUUCUGCUGAAAAUUUGUACAUAAUGUAUUAGUAUGAAUUCAUGAGGUGUGUUUACAUAUGAAAUUGCCCUGACCUUGCCUAAUACCUACUAAUAGAAAAUUUGUAAACGUUAAUUUUACUGGUAAGCUAAGACUACUCAUCAAUCAAGCCUUGAUGUUGCAGAUUUCCAUGGGCGUUGGUAAUCCACUUUCCAUCAGGUGAGCCUCCAAAAAAAAACAUAUAUUCUAUUGCAAAACAGCAAUACUUAUUGUUGUGUUCCAGUUUGAUGGGUGUGCCAAUGCAAAUGGAAUACUUCAAAUUGUGCAUGUAGUUAUUGGUAACAGGCACAAUGGACUUAGUUCCCAAGAUCGGUGACAUGAUGAUGUAUAGAAUGGUUAAUAUUUCAGCAUCAUUGUCUAUGAGCAUUGGUGACCAAAUACCAUCACGUGGUCGAUAUACAAUUUCACCAAAAUCAUAAAAAUAAAUUAAGAAUAGGCUAUUUGACAAUGCGAAAAAUAAAGUGUCAAUUAUUGUAAUCAGUAUAAAUGAUGAGUUUAAAAAUGGUUAUUUAUCAACGAAAGUUGAAAAUAAUAAUUAAUUUAUUCAAAAAUCCAUAAAUAAAUAUGCAUUUUUUUAAAAGUUUGUCACGUGACACAAAACGCUCCCGAUUGGUCGGGCUUAUGAUGACGUCACUUGCACCAUUGCACCGCCAUAUUGUCAAAGUAGCGUUUUCGCGCGCUAUUUAAAUAUGGAAUUUUUAUUUUGAUAUAUUUCAGCAAAUAUGUACUAGAAUUAAAAAAAACAACUUUUACUGCGUUCCUUAACCUCUACUAAAUAAUAUAAAAUGCAUUUUAAAAACCAGUCAAAUAGCCUAUUGUUUGUUUAAAAAU